AUGGCGAGAAACAGCGCACAGGGCGAGAACCAACACUGCGGCGCUUCAACCGCCUCCACCUCCCCCUUCGCCGCCAUUAGAGUUAGAUCCAGACCCGAUCCUUUCUUGGUCGUUUGCCGAUGCUUCAGCAUCGUAAUCUCUGCGGCUGCCAUUCUCUGCAUCUCUGUCAACAUUCUCUCUGCCAUUCGUUCCUUCAAAGAUGGAUUUGAUAUAUUUGAUGGCAUAUUUCGGUGCUAUGCGGUUGUGAUUGCAAUGUUCGUGGUCGUUACCAAGACAGAAUGGGAAUUCAUCAUCAAGUUCUGGAAGGUGUUGGAGUAUUGGGCUGCUAGGGUUAUGCUGCAGAUCGAUAAUGGCUCACAUUUUUUGUGUGUUCCUGUGAUGUGGCCCCUGUUUAUGAAGAUUCUGCAUCAACUUAUGGCCCCUGUCUGUAAUGGCAUUUUGUAG